AUGGAUCAACAAAGAAAUGCCAAAUUAUGGCAUAACAGUACCAUUAUUCCUGUGUCUUCAACUUUAUUCAAAGCUAGGAAUUUCCUUUUUGAUUGGAGGGCAUCAACUGCAAAUAGCACACCAAGUUUAACCAAUAGAAACCAAGAUCCAGGGAAUUGGUCCAAACCUCAAGCAGGUUUCUUGAAACUCAAUGUAGAUGCAGCCAUUAAUAAAGAAAUUGCUCAAAUGGGUUUUGGACAUGUUUUAAGGGAUGACAACGGAGCUUUCGUUGCUGCUAGAGGUGUUCCAUGGAGAGGGGUUUUCUCACCUAGGGAAGCAGAAGCAGUGGCGGUAAGAGAAGCUUUAAGCUGGAUUAAGAAUCUACAUUAUGAUAAAGUUUAUGUUGAGACUGAUUCUCUGUUAGUUAUGCAAGCCUUAAAUGCUAUUGAAGGAGACUCUUACUUCCAUCUAGUUAUUAGGGAUAUCAAAAACAUGUUGUGUGAGUUUACACAUGUGUUUUUAAAUUUCGCUAAACGAUCAGCGAAUCGGGCAGCUCAUGAGUUAGCUAGGCAGCCCGUUUCUUUGCCUGAUUGUACGGAGUGGUUUGUUAACCCUCCCCCUAUCAUCUGUAAUGCUUUGUCUUUAGAUGUCAUUUAA